CAUUGACAUCGCUCAUAAAUACAAGUGAAUUUUCGAGAAACGGCCAUUCUGUGAUUGUGUCAGUGGCCAGGUGGAUUUUUAGUGGAUAAGUAGACCAGUUUUUAUAUUUUGUGUGGGGUUUAAAGUUAUUCCACCCUUAAGGAUCAUCAUGAAUCUUUCAAAAUCAAUUUCGGUGCUCUGUUCGUGCUUGGCCCUCACCCUUGCCCACGAAGAAAAUGCCUUAGUGACCAUACCCCCUCCAGAAGUGACAACAGAGCUCGUCACAAACGUCUCCACGACAGAAAUUCCUGUGGGAUGCAUCUGUGGAGUUUUUUUAAGUGGUCAGUUCAAGAAAGGAAGCAAGGAAGCGCCCAAGGGAUAUCCUGCUCUGCUUCACGAGCACGCUGAGGCCUUUCCUUGCACACCAGUUGGAAACAAACUCUGCACCAACAAAUGUCUCGAUGCAAUUGUGAAACAUUUGCCGAAUAGUCCAGCCAUCCUCUGUGGCUCGAUUGAUCGUGACUGCCACAAAGAAAGAGCAUAUCUUUUUAUAAAAAAUUGUAAAGAUGACUGGUUCAACACAAACUUAUCAGCUGGGCGAGAGUACUGUUGCAAAGACGGUAUUCCCUACAAGUGUCCCAUCCUCAGCUAAAUAAAGCCACCAUUUUUUUAAAUUUUAUACAAACUAGUUCGUAAUUAAUUCCACUAAAUAUUCACUGAUUUCCCUCGAAUAAAAGUCUAUUGAGCGUUAAAAAA